AUGUACAUAUGCUUGACUUUGCUAGCUGGUCUGGUGAUUUUACCAGUACUGCUGAAACUGCAGUUUCCAUACUGUUACCAGGAUUGUGUCUAUAUGCUGAAGGCUCUGGGUUUUGGAGUGCGCUUAGAGACCUAUAAGAGGAGAAAGCGCUUCUACAGCAUUCUCGACUGCUUUUUAGACGCUGUGAGAAAGCAGCCGCACAAACCCUUCAUCUACUUCGAGGGAAAGACCUACUCAUACUCCGAUGUAGAUCGUCAGAGUAACAAAAUUGCUCAUGCUUUACAGACUGUGGCUGGACUGAAGGAGGGAGACACUGUGGCCUUGUUCUUAGGGAACGAGCCUUGUUUCGUCUGGGUCUGGCUCGGCCUGGCCAAACUGGGCUGUCCUACUGCUUUACUCAACUUUAACAUUAGAUCCAAAUCUCUUCUGCACUGCUUCUCCUGCUGCGGUGCAAACGUGCUCAUUGCAGCUGAAGAGCUCAGUACUGCAGUUGAAGAGAUUUUACCUGCUUUAAAAGAGAAGGGCAUCAGUGUUUAUUUGCUUUCUGAUAAGAGCAGCACUGAUGGAAUUAAGGCUAUCUCCCAGGCCAUCACUCAGGCUUCUGAUGAAGCAUUAUCUCCAUCACUCAGAGCCAACAUUAAAGUCCGCAGCACGGCUUUGUACAUCUACACGUCUGGAACCACAGGCCUUCCAAAAGCCGCUGUGGUGACUCAUGAAAGAGUGUGGGCUGCCUCAUUCAUUCAGGGUAUUUCUGGAGCUACUUCUGAGGAUGUGUUCUACCUCAACCUGCCUCUCUAUCACAGUGCCGGCUUUCUCAUAGGAUUCGUUGGAUGUAUUGAAAGAGGAAAUUCUUUUGUGCUGAGGAGAAAAUUUUCAGCCUCUCAGUUCUGGGACGACUGCAGAAAGCACAACGUUACAGUGAUGCAGUACAUUGGAGAAACAAUGCGUUACCUCUGCAAUACACCAAAGAAAGACAAUGACAGAGAGCAUAACGUGAGGAUUGCUAUAGGUAAUGGUGUACGGGCUGAUAUUUGGAAGGAAUUCCUUAACCGAUUUGGGAAUAUAUAUGUCCGUGAGCUCUACGCUGCCACAGAAGGAAACAUUGGCUUUAUUAACUACACCACAAAGGUCGGUGUCGUGGGCCGGGUUAAUUUCCUGCACAAGAAAUUCUUCCAUUACGCUCUGAUCAAGUUUGACAUAGAGAAGGAAGAGCCUGUGAGGAAUGCAGAUGGACUGUGUGUGCUUGCUGAUCCAGGUGAGGCUGGACUGCUGGUUGGAAAAAUCACCAAAAAAUCACCAUUUGAUGGCUACGCUGGAAACAAGCAGCAGACAGAGAAGAAGAGACUUACAGAUGUGCUUGUUAAAGGAGAUCUAUAUUUCAACAGCGGCGACUUGCUGAAGAUCGACCAUGACCGUUUUGUUUACUUUCAUGAUCGGGUCGGAGAUACUUUCAGGUGGAAAGGAGAAAAUGUAGCUACAACUGAAGUAUCAGAUAUUCUCUCUAUGGUGGGCUGCAUUGAGGAAGCAAAUGUCUAUGGUGUUGCUGUGAAAGGACAUGAGGGGAGAAUUGGAAUGGCAGCCAUUACAUUAAAAGAGGGGAGAGAGUUUGAUUGCACUGAUACAUGCAGAGUUGUAGCAACCUACCUGCCAGUUUACGCCAGACCUCGUUUCAUUCGUAUUCAGAAUUCUUUGGAAAUCACAGGAACAUUCAAAAUGAAAAAGGUAAAGUUGGUGGAGGAGGGCUUUGAUCCAGCACUCAUUCAUGAUCAACUCUACUUCCUUGAUCUGGUGAAGAAGAAAUAUGUUCUGCUCACUCAGGACAUUUAUAAUGACGUGAUUUCAGGAGACAUUAAACUGUAAGCUUGAAAAUGUACAAACUACCAAAGACAUCCAGGGAUUGGACAAAAUAACUGAAACACCUGUCAUUUUAGUGUGGGAGGUUUCAUGGCUAAAUUGGACCAGUCUGGUGGCCAAUCUUCAUUAAUUGCACAUUGCACCAGUAAGAGCAGAGUGUGAAGGUUCAAUUAGCAGGGUAAGAGCACAGUUUUGCUCAAAAUAUUGCAAUGCACACAACAUUAUGGGUGACAUACCAGAGUUCAAAAGAGGACAAAUUGUUGGUGCACGUCUUGCUGGCGCAUCUGUGACCAAGACAGCAAGUCUUUGUGAUGUAUCAAGAGCUACGGUAUCCAGGGUAAUGUCAGCAUACCACCAAGAAGGACAAACCACAUCCAACAGGAUUAACUGUGGACGCAAGAGGAAGCUGUCUGAAAGGGAUGUUCGGGUGCUAACACGGAUUGUAUCCAAAAAACAUAAAACCACGGCUGCCCAAAUCACGGCAGAAUUAAAUGUGCACCUCAACUCUCCUGUUUCCACCAGAACUGUCCGUCGGGAGCUCCACAGGGUCAAUAUACACGGCCGGGCUGCUAUAGCCAAACCUUUGGUCACUCGUGCCAAUGCCAAACGUCGGUUUCAAUGGUGCAAGGAGCGCAAAUCUUGGGCUGUGGACAAUGUGAAACAUGUAUUGUUCUCUGAUGAGUCCACCUUUACUGUUUUCCCCACUUCCGGGAGAGUUACGGUGUGGAGAAGCCCCAAAGAAGCGUACCACCCAGACUGUUGCAUGCCCAGAGUGAAGCAUGGGGAUGGAUCAGUGAUGGUUUGGGCUGCCAUAUCAUGGCAUUCCCUUGGCCCAAUACUUGUGCUAGAUGGGUGCGUCACUGCCAAGGACUACCGAACCAUUCUGGAGGACCAUGUGCAUCCAAUGGUUCAAACAUUGUAUCCUGAAGGCGGUGCCGUGUAUCAGGAUGACAAUGCACCAAUACACACAGCAAGACUGGUGAAAGAUUGGUUUGAUGAACAUGAAAGUGAAGUUGAACAUCUCCCAUGGCCUGCACAGUCACCAGAUCUAAAUAUUAUUGAGCCACUUUGGGGUGUUUUGGAGAAGCGAGUCAGGAAACGUUUUCCUCCACCAGCAUCACGUAGUGACCUGGCCACUAUCCUGCAAGAAGAAUGGCUUAAAAUCCCUCUGACCACUGUGCAGGACCUGUAUGUCAUUUCCAAGACGAAUUGAUGCUGUAUUGGCCGCAAAAGGAGGCCCUACACCAUACUAAUAAAUUAUUGUGGUCUAAAACCAGGUGUUUCAGUUUCAUUGUCCAACCCCUGGUAGAAUUGUCUUUUAUGUUUUUUCAUGUGCCUUAUGAAUAAAAACAGGAACUAAUGGUAAACAGUUAUAGACUAAUCUCAGGGAAACUCCUGGAGGUUUAUCAUUCCGGUCAGUAUUUAAUACCCAUUUACUAAUUCAGUUAACAAAACUUUAUGCUGUGAAAGUGAUUACUAUAAUGUAGCAUGUUUGAUGUGACUUUUAAUAAUGUACAUUUUCUGUUGUUUAACUGCCAAUAAAUGUACUAAUCAAUAUAAUCUGGGGGUGAAAUUGUAACAUUGUAUGUGAUGAAACUUUUGAGAUUAAAAGUCCCUCUUGUACAUUUA